CUGCUUCGCCCAUUCCUCUCGCCUGGAAUGAUGGUACCCAACAAUAUGCUAUCGUCGGCUCGAUGACUCCCAGCGGAGACACAAGCCCGGCUCGAUUGUCCCCUACGAGGGUAGCAAAUGGCAAGGCGAAAGCUCGCUCAUUAAGCUCGGGAUGAGAAGUGAAAACUGAAAAUUGAAAACUUAGAGAGGAGUUUUUUAACGUGAUGGACGCCCAGCAGUUCCGGGAGUUCGCAAAGGCGACCGUUGAUUACAUAGCCGAUUAUAUGGAAACACUUAGAGACAGGCCAGUUCUUCCUGGUAUAUCCCCAGGAUACUUGCACCAUCUCUUACCGAGCGAGGCUCCUGAAUCCAGCGAAGAUUGGCAUGAUAUUCUGAAAGAUAUGGACCGAGUAAUUAUGCCUGGUGUCACCCAUUGGGCUUCUCCUCAAUUUCAUGCCUAUUAUCCAACAGCCAAUUCAUAUCCUGCAAUUGUUGGAGAAAUGCUUUCUGCGGGACUUGGGUCAAUCGGAUUCAGUUGGAUUUCAAGUCCUGCGUGUACUGAACUUGAGGUAGUGAUGAUGAACUGGUUGGGAAAACUACUUGGAUUACCUGAAGAAUUUCUAAAUUGCUCUGAGGGCAGAGGAGGUGGUGUAAUACAAGGCUCAGCCAGUGAAGCCACGCUGGUGGUUUUACUAGCUGCGCGUGAGCACAUGGUUCGUUCGAUGAAAGCUAAUGGUUCUACCUUGUCUGAAGGCGAAAUUCGUGCUAAAUUGGUGUCUUAUAGUUCGGAUCAAUCAAAUUCAUCUGUAGAAAAAGCCGGUCUACUAUCCGCAGUACCCAUGAGACUUUUACCAGCCGAUGACCAAUGCAUAUUAAGAGGGCAUACUUUAGAAGAAGCAAUUAAGGAAGAUAAAGCCAAAGGAUUAAUUCCUUGUUUUCUGGUUGCAACCCUUGGUACAACAGGUACAUGUGCAUUUGAUGCAUUAGAAGAACUAGGACCAGUCUGCAAACGCGAAGGAAUUUGGAUGCAUAUUGAUGCUGCAUAUGCAGGUACCGCAUUUGCGUGCCCUGAAUAUCGCCACUUAAUGAAAGGCAUAGAAUAUGCAGAAUCCUUUAAUUUCAAUCCUCACAAAUGGAUGAUGGUUAAUUUCGAUUGUUCAGCUAUGUGGUUACGAGAUUCAGACUUGCUAGUAGAUGCAUUCAAUGUCGAUAGAAUUUAUCUAAAACAUGAACAUCAAGAUCAUGCACCAGAUUACAGACAUUGGCAAAUACCAUUAGGAAGACGUUUCAGGGCUCUCAAAAUCUGGACAGUUUUGCGUUGUUAUGGUGUAGAAGGUAUAAGAAACCAUGUCCGCAACCAAAUUGGAUUGGCACAGCAAUUUGCAAAUUUGGUCAAAAGUGACGAUCGAUUCGAACUACCUUUAGAACCAAGCAUGGGUUUAGUUUGUUUCCGAUUACGCGGUUCAUGUGAACUAACAAAAAAAUUGCAUGAAGUCCUCAUGAAACGCAGAAAAAUUUAUAUGGUAACAUGUAAAUACCAAGGUUUAAUGAUUUUACGCUUUGUAAUUUGUUCAAGAAUGUGUGAAAAACGUGAUAUUACUUUUGCUUGGGAAGAAAUUUUACAAGUUACUAAUGAUAUAAUACACACACCUACAAUAAUCAGCUCCAAAGCAUUUUCACAAUACGCUUCUUAUUUUAUUGAUCCUGUUUUCAAACCACAAAAACAAAAUGAAUUAGCCCAAGAAGGUGAGAUCCAAAAACUUGCACAUGUGCCUAUUAAAGCUGCUCGAAAUAAUGAUACUAGCUCUGUAUUCCAUGAUGAUCUACUUAGGCCAGUUUUAACACUUACACCAAUCAAAAGAGGAGGUGUUACUUAUCAAGUUCCUAUCCCGAUCACUGAGAAGCACUCAUAUUUUUUGGCUAUGAAAUGGUUAGUGUCAGCGGCACGUGAAAAGGAAAGAACUGUACAUUUUCCUGAAAAAUUAGCAUAUGAGCUAAUUGAUGCUGCAAAUAAUACAGGCAGAGUUGUUAAGAAGAAACAUGAUUUACAUAGACAAUACUGCAGUUUGCUAUAUUUUAAAUUUGAAGUAGAAAGCACCCAUGGGGCGUUUUACACAGGAGGCAAUGUUAUAUUAUCUAAAAAUGGCCUAGAAUUAUUAUGUCAAAAAGAAUUUACUGUUGAAAUAUUAAAUUUAUCACAAGGAAAUGUUGUUAAUAGCAUUGGUAAUGUAGAAGAUGAAGAUUCUAUAAAUACAUUCACAUAUAGUGUAUUUGAUGAGUCUGUAAUAACUUCUCACAAAAGCGGUUUAUUUAAAAAAUGGACGAAGGAUGGCAUUUUAUUAAAAACUUGGAAAUCUAUUCAUAAAGGUCCUGUAAGUAAACUUUGUAUAAAUGAUGAUGGUAAUAUUUUGGCUAGCGGUGGCUCAGAUUCUAGUGUAAGAUUAUGGGACUUAAAACAUCAAACAUGCACACAUAACCUUCGGGGACUACAAGGUGUUGUUAGCGUUUUAGCUUUCCAUCCCAAUUCUGAAAAAAAUUUGAUAUAUGCAGCUGCAGACAAUACCAAAAUCUUAGCAUGGGAUUUAACAAGUGGCGAUGAAAUGAUGCACUUUGCUGGUCAUUUCAGCAAAGUCACAUCAAUAAACUUCACAGCCGAUCAUAAUUAUAUAGUUAGUACAGGAAGAGACAAAGUCAUAAUUGUUUGGGACGCAAAUACUGGUAAAUUGAUUAGAACUGUUCCUGUUUUCGAGAGUAUUGAAUGUGCUGUUGUGUUAAGUAAUGAUGUCAAAAUUCCUGGCUACCAAAAAUGGAAAAAUGAUGAAAUUUUGGUUCUUAUUGCUGGAGAGAAAGGCGUGGUGAGGAUAUGGGAUGCUUCGAAACCUAAGGAAUUAUAUAUUCAAGACAAUAGUUUAGUAACGCCAGCAUCUGAAGAAGGAGGAUUAAGCAUAACCCAAGUGUUUUUUAAUGAAAAAACUAAACAUAUUGGCAUAGUUACUGUUGAUCAUAACAUCUUGAUUCAUAAGUUAUCAACAUUUAAAUGUACAAAACAAAUAAUUGGUUUCUCCGAUGAGGUUUUAGAUAUAGUUUUUAUAGGUACUGAAGAUUCACAUGUCGCAGUAGCAACAAACAGUGUUGAUAUCAAAUUGUAUGAAAUAUCAACCAUGAGUUGUAAUUUAUUGAAGGGACACACAGAUUUAGUAUUAUCAUUAGCAAAAUCACCUUCAAAUUCAAAUAUCUUAUUAUCAUCCUCAAAGGAUAAUACAAUUCGAGUUUGGUCAAUUAAUACUGAAGAAAGCAUUUAUAAAUGUUUUGCAAUAGGUUCAAGGCAUACAGCAUCAGUCGGUUCUUUAGCAAUAACUAAUUUGAGCACAGACUUCUGUGUUUCUGUAAGUGAAGAUUCUUGUUUGAAGUUUUGGAAACUGGAUACUAAUAAUAUUGGGGAUGAGAUACAACAGUUACAUUGCAGUUAUACAGAAUUGGCACAUCAAAAAGAUAUAAAUUGUGUUACUGUAUCACCAAAUGAUAAAAUGAUUGCUACUGCAUCUCAAGAUAAAACAGCUAAAUUGUGGUCCUCUGAUGGUUUAGCUUUGCUUGGUGUUUUCCGAGGUCACAAACGAGGUAUUUGGUCUGCUCGAUUUUCACCAGUAGAUCAAGUAUUACUUACUACUUCUGCUGAUUGUACAAUUAAAAUUUGGUCUUUGUCUGAAUUGAAUUGUCUUAGAACCUUAGAAGGCCAUGAUAGUUCUGUUUUAAGAGGUGAGUUUUUAUCAAAAGGAAUGCAGAUAAUAACGACAGGAGCUGAUGGUUUGAUUAAACUUUGGAGCUUGAAAACAGCUGAAUGUAACCAUACAAUGGAAAAACAUGAUGGCAGAGUUUGGGCUAUUGCUGUUUCAAAAGAUGAAAAUACUCUGAUAAGCGGAGGCUCAGAUUCUUUACUUGUUAAAUGGAAAGAUGUAACUGUUGAGAAGAAGGAGCGAGAAGCAAAACUACUACAAGAAAAAGCUUUACAAGAACAAACAUUGUCAAAUCUAUUACAUGACAAACAGUUAUUAAAAGCAUUAAAAUUAGCUAUAAGAUUAGACAGGCCCUUAGGUGUUUUGAAGAUCAUUAAUUUGAUCAUUAAAAGUGAAGAUAAAAAUGAAUUAGCUACUACACUAAAACAGCUAAAGAAUCUUCAAAAAGAAAAAUUAUUUAAAUAUGCUUCAUUGUGGAAUACAAAUAGUAAAAAUUGUCAUGUUGCGCAAUUAGUAAUAAAUAUUUUAUUAGAUGAUAUACAAAGCGGAGAAUUCAAACCUGCAGGUCUUGCAUCAUUGCUCGAAGGUACAAUACCUUAUACGGAGAGACAUUUUCAUAGAUUGACACAGUUAUUGCAAGAUUUACACUUUGUUAAAUAUACAAUUAAUUGCAUGCAACCACAUGCAAAGGAAGUAAAGAUGGAUUGAAAAGAAAUAAAUAAUA